UGGUCCCCCCCUCAUUGACGAGAUCAGUGUGCAAGUGCAAUACCUAGUGCACCGGCAUCGCACUAGGAACGAACCUGAUUUGAACCCCUCUUGGCAUUGAAAAUCGCGCCGGCCCCAGCUCUACAUUGAUACUCUCUCCCUCUCUUAGCUCGCGACUCCCCAUCAUCUCUCUGCCUGCUUUCUUACCAAAUCCAACCCUACAACUAGGACCGCAUUGCGGCCCUUUCCUGUGCAAGACGUUCAAAUUCAGGUGCCGAGGCUCAUCCAGUCCAUUCCAGCCCGACAAAUCCCCGUAUUCCUUCGCCUUACCGACCGAUCCGAACUGCAAUCUACUCGUCGUACCCGCCUCGCCUGUUCAGUUCCCUAACCCGACAUCCGCAGCCAGUCCGCCAACCCGUCCACCAAAGGUUGAUGGUUUCAAUGCCCUCAACCAGUUCGCUGAACAUGUGAGAAAAGCAUGUCUCUCGAACAGGUUCGAAAUGUCGUUCUGCUGUUCAGUAAUCCUGUCUGGUCAGGUGCAAACACCAUCCCAUCGACUCUCAUUAAAAACAUCACUUCUCUCUCGACUUCCUUGGCCUACCAAGAUACCAUCUCAGCAAAUCUCACCACACUGAGCUCUAUAAACUCCGAAACACAGGAUGGGGUUAUUCGAGGUCUGCUCUACGUGCCAGACCUCAGCACCAGCGACCCAUGUUACGAACAGCAGUACGGCAUCAUUCCUCGAAAUGCCACCACCCAGGCGAGCCUGCCCCCCACCAACUACAACUUGAUUGCUCUUGCGCCAUGGUUCAACACCUCUUGUACCAAAGCCUACCUUGCAUCCGCCCGCCUCGACCCCAUUCGCGCUUUCGUCUUCUACCGGCCCGACAAUUCAACGAGGGAGCCACAAGACGCCGACUCGCCCUUGUGGGAUCUCGACGAUGGCGGUGCCUGGCGUUACCAGAACCGAUAUCCUAUAUUCGCCAUAUCUGGCGCCGAAGGCCACAAAAUGAUGCACCAACUUAGUCUCUACUCUGGCAACAUAUCCCAAAUCCCUCACGGAGACCAGAUAGCGCAAAGAUACGACCCCCAUGACGACGACUAUGUCCGUAUAUGGACCGAGCUGACGGUGAAGGACCGUGGCAGUGUCCCCGCAAUGUGGACCUGGAUUCUUACAGUUGUCGGCGUUGUAUUGUUCAUUAUUGCCUGUCUGUCGCUCACAAUGCACCUAGUGCAGCGAAGACGCAGAAUAUCACUACGUAGGAGGGUUUUAAGUGGCGAAGUCGACUUAGAAGCGAUGGGCAUCCAACGCGUCACAGUGCCAGUCACUCAUGUCAAGGGCUUUCCAUUAUUCACGUACAGUUUUCAGCCGGACAUGAUUGGUACACCUUCUACAAUGAGGCCUGCGAAAUCGACCAGGUCACCGCGAAGCAUGCGGGCCGAUCAACGCACCAUAUCCGAGUCCACCACAAGCAGAUCCAGAGCGAGGAGAGGCAGUCAGAACAGCGCGACAAGUACCGUCGCAACGAAUUAUCAACCGCAAUGCCAUAUCUGCCUGGAGUAUUAUGUGGACCGAGAAUCCAUCAUUCGAGAGUUAUCCUGCGGCCACAUUUUCCAUCCCGAAUGUAUCGACGAAUUUCUCGGCCUGAACAGUUCGCUAUGCCCGAUUUGCAAGAGGAAUAUGCUACCACCCAAUUACUGUCCAAAAAUCUCCAACGGCAUGGUACGCCGUGAGCGGGCGAUUCGGCGUUUAAGGGAAAGGGUAGUGUUCGACGAGUCAGACAACGAGGAUGCGGAGGUGAAGAACAAAAACUGGGGCAAGUGGCUAUUCGGCACGGACAAAACGGCAUCGUCACCGACAGAAACACCAAUGACAUCCGUCAUCCCCUCGAAGCCUCCAAAGGCAGGUCAAGAUGCAGCCAACACUAGAACUCCUUCGGGCCUGGAGGCCGCAUCCUUGUCACGAACACUUGAGCCUACUCAAGAGGAGCAAGAGGAUUCGGAACAACCCUCAAGUCGAUCCGAAGGUCGAGAACCACCGCGACCGCCGCCUCUGCCAGCUGCGGUAGCUCAGCACUCUCAUCGAAACAAACGCCAUUUAAUAGGCGGGUCGCGGGUUCAUGCUCCUUCGCCGAAUGACUCGAAGCAGGCCCACCAACGACCAGAAGGGCGUAAGAGCCCCUCGGCGUUAGCACGGGCGCGGAUGAGAGCGCUCGCAGGCUCACCUUUCGAUGACCCGGAUGGACGCUCACCAGCAUGGAAACGCUACGUCGUAAAGGUCUUCCCAGGCUUUUCAUGACCCGGAAAUCUCACAGGCAUUCUAUUCAGUUUGGCUUCGCAUGGUGCAACGGCGUUUUGGGUUCAGGCAGAGGGACUGCCUCAGGGGCGCAUUUUGAAAAGAACAUGACGGAAUAUGAUGAUAUAUACCAACGACACUCCCUCACUACUACCCUCUGACAGGGUGAUGAGGAGACAGAUUCACUUCUGUCGCGAUGAUUAGAUUCGGCGGGCUUGAAGACGCCCU